ACCUAUCUACACUCACCGACCUCAGCGGUCAAAUCCUCGGUCACUCGCUUGCCUCCGUAAAUGGCUUAGUGCGGCCCCUACCUAUCCCAUUAUCACGAUUGACGAGCGCGGCAACGCCAAACAACAACCUCACGACGACGGCGAAUCGAGCGCCAGGCAGGCUUCAGGAAUAGCUGCUGUAGCUGCAGGAUAUCCGUCACUUCCGCAUCACAAAAUUGUUGCACAGCGAAACCCGACCGGAGUUGAGACUGCGAAAUCGCAUCCGGAGCGAUACAAAUAGAAGUGGAGCACCACCCCCGAUAAACAUCGCCGGAGUGGGACAGUCGUGGAUUGCGACAGCGACUUGUGCCUGCGACAGCGACGCCGAUUAUUCACCUGGCUGGCGAGAGAAGCUAGUAGCGAAUGAGAAGGAGAUUUGGUACCUGGUUCUCGACAUCGAUCUAGACGAAAUAUUGGUCCGACGCUAUUGCUUUGUUCCUUGCGCGCUUCGAUAACCUCACCUUCACCAUCUGCGACAACCACCGAUGGCGACGAUGGAGGCCAGCGACGACAACAACAACACCACAGCUGAUGUGGCUACAGCUGCUGCUUCAAAGGCUAUUGAGAGUGAAACAAUCAACUCCUUGAAUACACCACCGCUCGAGAAGGCGCCCGGAAAUAUGACACCGCCACUUCCAAAGGAGAGGACAAGACGGACAACGGUGAAUGCGAACACAAAUGUGAACAGCAAUACUGCCGGCGCACGGUCAAGGACACCAAGUGCGCCUGCGCCGUUGGAUCCAAACGCUCUUAGCAAAGCGCUAUUCAAGGAGUUUGAGGAGGGUGGAAGGUCGAGGGAUAUCACACCUGGAGGGAGUCCGAGUCGGAAGAGGCAAAGGGUCUACGGCGAUAGAUUCAUCCCAAACCGAGAAGGACAAGACCUACAGGCAAGUUUCAGCUUGCUUCACGAUGAUGGUUCGCCGGCGACACCUUCAAAGGCCAAGAAACGGACGCCGCAUGGCGAGCUUCAUUUCCAAAAGACUGAGGAGGCAAACCGGACCUUUUCCACACUUCUACGGGCAGAAAUAUUCGAUACUUCAGUACCCCAAGCUACACCCACCAAUUUAUCACCAGACACUACAAUACAUUCAACAUCUACGACAGCUCACGAUCCUACUCGCUCUCACACUCCUCCCAACAAUGGAUCAAAUACCUCUGUUACAAACUCCAUGACACCUUCCACACCUCACAAGAACCUCUUCACAUAUAUGUCACCCAGACACCACACCCACAUAGCUGGACACCCUACACCAACUCGAACGCCUCAAAGUCGGCAUGGACCUAACCUCAAUGCAAGAUCCGAGAUUUACAGUCUUUCCCCAGUUCGCCUAAGCAGUCAACACAUGCUCCUGAGCCCACGGAAGCAACCCCGAGCCGUUAACAAAGUUCCCUACAAAGUGCUUGAUGCACCAGAUCUCGCGGACGACUUUUACCUCAAUCUCGUCGACUGGGGGAGCAGUGAUAUCCUCGGUGUUGGAUUGGGAAGUUGUGUGUAUAUGUGGAACUCGGAAACUCAGCGGGUGAACAAGCUCUGCGAACUCGAGGAUGACACCGUCACCAGCGUCUCCUGGAUCCAGCGCGGCUCUCACAUCGCUAUUGGCACUGGGAAAGGCUUCGUGCAAAUCUGGGAUGCAGCUCGGACGCGCAGGCUACGAACGAUGACGGGUCACACAGCCAGAGUAGGUGCGUUGGCUUGGAACGACCAUAUCCUGACUUCCGGGUCGAGAGACCGUCUCAUCUACCACCGUGAUGUACGACAACCAGAUCAGUGGCUGCGAAAGUUGGUGGGCCAUAAACAGGAAGUUUGUGGCCUGCGCUGGAACUGCGAGGAUGGCCAGCUUGCAUCGGGUGGAAACGACAACAAGCUCUUGGUCUGGGACAAACUAUCCGAGACGCCGACGUGGAAAUUCUCAGAACACACCGCGGCCGUGAAGGCUAUUGCUUGGUCGCCACAUCAGCGAGGACUCCUUGCUUCCGGUGGAGGAACGGCGGAUCGCAAAAUUAUCUUCCACAACACUCUCACUGGCGCGCUGAUCAACGAAAUCGACACUGGCUCGCAAGUGUGUAAUCUGGCAUGGAGCAAGAACAGCAACGAGAUCGUCAGCACGCACGGGUACAGCCAGAACCAGAUUGUGGUGUGGAAGUACCCGUCCAUGACGCAGGUGGUCAGCUUGACGGGGCAUACCUACCGUGUGCUGUACCUUGCGAUGAGCCCUGACGGCAGAGUCAUCGUUACAGGCGCUGGCGACGAGACAUUACGGUUCUGGAACGCGUUCCCCAAGAAAGCAGGGCAGCGUGGCGAGGACGGGGAAGGCGGCACCGGGAAGCUCGCGGAGUGGAGUGUCAUCAGGUGAAGAAACAGGGGGUUAAUGACGGGAUGAUAAGGGGGAUAUGGGCGUUGUGGAUGGCAUAUGGCUUUAGCAACGGAGCUGAUGUGAUGAGACUUACGAAGCAUGGCAUUUGCAUGGCUGGCGUUUUUGGGGCUGGGCUGGGUUGGGCUGGGAGAGAUGAAUCAUAUAUGGAUGGGCAUGGCUUUCGACUUUGCUUUAGCGGGGGCAUAUAUUUUUUGCUUUGGAGUUGGGCUUGGGCAUUAGCGAGGCUCUUUCGGGUUCCGUUGGGGGACUUCGGAAUGGGCACAGCGGGUUUUUGUGUGUAAUGAUUGGAGGUGGGGUGGGAAAUUCUCCUCUCUCUUCCAGAUUAUAUAGAGAUAUAGCUGGACGUGGCUGCAUAUCUUGCAAGAAGGAAUGGAACAUUCUACACUCCCAUUUAUGAGCUUACGUUAUACUCUAUGAAGCAUGAUGUCAGCUCUGUUUAUUGACCACACACGCCGGCGAAAGCCAAUCAUAUUCGGAAGACCUAUGCUUGUCAGUAAGCUCACCCUGAGGAAUUGCGGGGUAGGUUUUCGGGAGCUUCUUCUCUGGGCUAUUAUAGAAUGUAGCUGUAGUUAUGAACGGUGG